AGGGAGCUAACGUAUCACAGCGCUUUACAAUGUCUAAGAAAAGAGAUCAUUCUCAUUGUUCUGAAUUGCACAGUUGUUCAGCAAAGUAUGUCUAUCCCAUUUCCUUUGUCUCCUUGUUGAUUUGCGUUACUGCUAUGGUUCGGGUGGAACUUAUCAGCAAGCGUGUUGAUCUCGUGGAGAAUAUCGUGGCGGAAGUCAAACAAACGCCAUUGAAGAGCAAAGGAGAAGAUGCAAGCUCCAGGCCUUUCAAUGAUUUUGAUCAAGUGGUUUUACAAGUUGAACGAAUUAUGACAGGUGAGGUACUAAUGAGGAGUGUAAGAGGUUUCUAUCUAGCCAAGGCGCACCGAUUUGUAAAGUUGGAGGACUUCGCACUUCGCGUAAAUAACGUGCCAUUUCGGAGCUUUAUCUCUGAGAAGUCGUGAUUUGUCGCUAAAUAUUGUUCAUUUUCUUAUCUCUCCUUUUAAUUUCCCACUCAAAAACGAGAAAUACUUGGAAAAAUUCUUACGUAGUGGCUACCUGCCCGAAUUCUCCUGUAUCCGUGUAUUGAUUGCAAUUUAGCCUUGACUCACCUUAGUACGUAUCCAAAGUGAAGGUCGCUAUUACUGCACGAAAGUCCUAAGAAUUGAUUAGAAUCUCCCGGAUCGACGGACGCCUCUUUAAUACAAAUACCUCUCUAUCACACCUAUUAAGGACAGUUUUCUUGGACAAAUAAUAUGCUGAUAAUGUGAAGUUCCAUACAAACCUCUGUAACACCCCUGUCAUGCGGAUGACACUGGUGUCAAUAAUUUGUUUAGGAAGAUAUUUUAACACAGCUUUAUGUAGUGGGUCCAGGAGGCUUCAUUUAACGUUGAAAGUUAAAGAAAUAAUCAUGAUCCUUCACUCUUCACUGGAUUGACAUUCAUUGACAUUUUUUUUUUAUUAUUUGAAAGAAUCCAUUAAACUGGCUCUGGGAGAGAAAGGUAUUCAAAAAGUUUCCGAUUUCGGAAGGAAGUCGCUACAUCCCUUGAGGCUUCAAUCUUUUCACUUAAGUUCUCAUCUUUUACGUGCCUGAUUUGAAGCAAACGUCUUGCGAUUCAGGUCAAAUGAAAGAUCUCAAGUACCCAAAACUACACUCUUCUUUUCUCUACCUAUAUAAGAUUCUUACUGCAUCGUUAUAGGAAAAGCAGCCCACAAGGGAUACUCCUCUCCCCUGGUAGGUGACAGGUUUGACUUUUUGAAAAUGUAAUUAAUAUUUAAUGUCAUCUGCAGUUGAUAAUCAAAGGUCAAGAACCCGUCGAUCACAACCAGGCAGCGCUAAAUCAGAGAUUACUGUUGAAACAGUCAGAAAAGAGAUAAACAAGACUUUAAAUUCUUUGAUGCGCACGCCGCAGGCAUUUUGUUCACCCAAAGGAAAAGUCUGCAUGCAAGGUCCGCCGGGAAUACAAGGACCUAAAGGAUCACGUGGCAGAAGAGGACCGCGGGGAUUCACGGGAAGGAAAGGACCACGAGGUGACACAGGGAGCCCAGGGCUGCACGGAAAACAGGGACCCACUGGACCACCUGGUGAAAAGGGAAAAGAGGGAGAAAGAGGUGCUCCGGGGCCUCGGGGAUUCCCCGGUGCAUAAGGAGAUCCUGGAGAAUCAAUUUCACUUCCGUCAGUCGUGAUUACUCCUAAUCACCAAACGGUCAGAGAAAACCAGAACGCAUUGCUCCAGUGUUCUGCAACUGGAAACCCACGACCGUCUGUGACUUGGUAUCGUUCAAAUGGGUCAAGCUUACCGAGUCAUUUCCGUUACCAACCGGAUGGAAAGUUAGUAGGAACUCGCGUGACUCUAUCAGAUGCUGGGAAAUACCUCUGCGUUGGUAGAAAUUUGCUUGGGUCAACGAAUCAGUCGGCUAUGUUGACCGUUGAAGGUAAAUACAGGUGAAAUUUUAAUCUGUAUAUUUCUGUAAGCCAUUUAUUUUCGUCGCCUUUGUUUUGUAAAAGUAUCAUUAGUAAAGUAUCAUGUCCCGCUGCUCGCUACUAUAGAUAACGUUGAUUCCAACUCUAGUUACAAUCUCCAACUCUAGUUACAAUUCAAACGGAUCCUCACCUUUUCAGUAACAAAGCGCUCUUAAACUAACCAAAGGACGACCCUUUUUUUUGGUUUCUGAGCGUCUAAAGACUAAGGCACACGUCGUUCGUUUCCUUAAAAUCUCUCGGACCAGGAGCUGAUUACUGCUCGGACGCAUAAGUAAAUCGAUCAGCAUUGCCCCCACCCUCCAUCUAAUAAAAUUUUGCAAUAAGGUGUACAAGAAUGUAUCGUUUUGAGAGUUUUUGAUGUGGGUCAAAAUGACUCACUAGGUUUCGCAUAACUUCCGAGUAUUGCAAGCUAACGCACCAAACAUUGAUAUUUUCUUUUGUUGCUAAAGACGUUACAAUUUUUCUAUUUUAGCUCCUCCUCGAAUUCAACUCGAUCCAGGUCCCACUCAUGUUAAAACAGGGCUAACCGUAAGGCUUCCUAAAUGCUACGUAAUGGGAUUUCCUACCCCGGAUGUGACAUGGAGAAGAGUCAAGGGCGUUCUUCCAAGGAACAGAACUGUUUCUAACGAUGGGGCGUUAUCUUUGAUCGCCGCAGAGAAAACAGAUACGGGACCCUAUGAAUGCACAGCGAGAAACCGUCUGGGGCAAGAGUCUUCUAUAACCUCUGUUUUUGUUUGGUCUCCACCCACAUUCGUCUCGAAACCACCAAGCAGGGUUAAUAAAUAUACAGGCGAAGAGUUGACCUUGCGUUGUUCUGCCUCUGAUCGAGCCUCUCUUUCGUGGAAACGUGUCGGUGGAGUCUGGGAAGGGGAACGUAUGAAUGACCGAAAUGGAACAUUGACGAUUACCUCUCUUAAAGAAUCUGAUUCUGGUUCUUACGUCUGUGAAGCUAAGCUACCACUUUAUAACAUAGACGCAGCGACUGUCUUGAAAGUAAAAGGUCAGUAACUAAGAUGUGCCGCAUAAUAAAGUGAUUGUUAUCUACACCCGUAAGUAAGGAAUGUUUAGGUCGGUCGACAUGUCAUAUCUUUUUUUCAUUUAAUCGAGCACUGGGGAAAAUUGAUUGUAUCUUAUACCCCAAAUAAAUUUUUCACACCGUGGAUAGCAAUGCAUGACUUUCCAGUAAUCGGAUAUCCAGGUUUUGCGCACAGGAUUCUGGGAUCGCCAGGGGGCAAACAUUGCGAGUCGCUAGAAAGAAAUGUAUGGCGUGGAGUUGUUUCUCCGUUAAAAGCAGUGUCUUUGGACAUAGAAUGCCGCAUUUUGCCGUGAUUUUAUGAGAAACGGAGGUGACUAAUGUUGGUGCGUUGAAAUUUCAAGUUUCUAUGUGAUUAAUGCGAUAAAUUCUAUCGAUAAACACUCCUUGAAUGAGGUUGAGUUUGAAAUUUUUGUUUACUGAAUUUACACAGACAUGAAGAAUUCGAAGAAAAGGUCUCGAAAUAUAUAGUGCAAAUUUAGGUAUACAUGUAGGGGGAUUGAAGCGUUUAAGUUAUAAUUACGUGUGGUGAUAUUUACGACGAGUGUAGCUACGCUCGGCCGCGAUCAGCGCUGUGCGGCGCUUUGCGGGUUGUGACAAGUCAACGAUCGUAGGUAUGUACGUGGCCAUAAAAAUAGAAAACCCUCCUCUACUUUGGUAUAAACAAAGUGACAUCUACAAAAUAUUUCAUGGAAAGUGCAUGGUAUUUAACCAUUAGUAGAUGAGGCAGAAAUCGUACAAACCAGUAAGAUUUCCGAUACAAAAGCGGUGAGUGUGAAAAUAAAUACCAAGUUGAUGUGCCAAAUUCAGAGAUUCUAUAUCUUCCCUCAAAAUGAUUGGAAAAGGCAUUAGAACUCAUCGGUUCUCUGGAUCAUGACAAAACAUUUCGCUUGUGUUUUUUUGGCGAGAAGAAAUAAAUAUACUAACGAGCGGAAGAUGUUUUUGUUUUUAAAUUUAAUACAUAUCAAAUUCGACAAUACAUAAGCUUACCUUCGAUCGUUGUCACAAGCCGGCACAGCAUUGUGAUCGCCGCCGAGCGGAACGUAAUUUCACUCGUUGUAAAUAUGAGCACAUCUAAGUACAACUGGAAAGGCUUAAGUGAGUCCGCAUUCCCCGCUCAUUUAUACCUAAGUUAGUACUAUAUAUUUCGAGACCAUUCAGUAAAUUCACAGUCGACCUUUCGCAAGAAUCAGUGUUUAUCGAUAGAUUUCAUCGCAUUGAUCCCACAAAAACUUACAAUUUCUUCGCACCAAUAUUAGUCACCUCCGCUUCUCAUAAAAUAACGGCAAAAUGUUACAUUCUCUGUCCAAAGACACUGCUUUUAAAGGAGAAACAGCUCCACGCCAUACAAUCCUUUGAAGCGACUUGCAAUGUUUGCCCCCUGGCGAUCCCAUAAUCCUGUGCGCAUAACUAAGUGUCCGAUUACUGGAAAAUCAUUCAUUCCCCCUCCCUACUAAUAUGUGUCGACAAACUAUAUCUUCUCUUUAAAUUUGAAACUCAAAAUCAAUUCCACAGUGCGAUAUUUGACUUGGAAACUACGCAUAUAAAUAAAUUAACCUUUUUUUCCGUGCCUCCUGAUAGUUGAUAUUCCUAAACAAUAUAUAGGUACAGUUAGGCAGGAGUAAACGGGCUUAGGCUACAAAAAAAAUUAUGACCAGGAGGUCUUCUAAUCUCGUACAUUACUUGUCACCGCCUGCCGGAAACAAUCAAUGAAGCCCUUUUUUUCUCUCAGCAUCUUGUUUCAUUUGUUGGAUUUACUGAGGUUGUCGCGACUGUCGCGUGUGAAUAUUUCGCUAAAGUUUCUGUCGCUUUACUGCAUAACGCUGGUUGCAUUUGCGAAGCUAUGAGCAAAAUGGCUAGAUUUCUAAUUACUCCUGGCAAGUGUCAAAUCUACUUUAAUUUAACGGGAAGAUGCCGGCAAAACGAAUCUGUUUUAACCUACGUCAAGUUCGACCACUACACUGCUAAACGAGAGUGGCAAAUUAUUUCUGUAGGAAAUCCUUACUUGGUUAUAUACUUUGGUAAGUUUAGCUUUGUUUAGCCGAGUAAUUGAUGGUAAGUCGUGAUUUUUAAUGUUUCGGUUUUUUUUCGAUGAAAAAUACCGAGAAAAAAUAUCGAGCCGAAAUUAUUUUUUUCGCACGUGUUCUCUGAUGAUGUAUUUCACAUAAUUUUUGAUAAUGUAUUACAAAAAGAUUCUGUCCAGAUUUCUCGAUAUUUUGUCAGUUUCACUCUAUCACACGCCGCCCAACAAACGAUCGCUAGCCUCUAGCAAUUUGGCGCCGGCUUUCCUAUUUUGCUUUUGCAUUUUGAUCACCGUCUCAUGAAAGUGCUUUUAAUUAUUUGUGGCGGGAAAUAUGUACCGCGCGCGUUUGUUUGGCGCCCAGAUCAUUGACAUCAGUGGAAGAGACUCCAGACAGGUAAGAAAACUUAAUAAUUAUAUCAGUAGCAAUUGAUGUUUAAAAUUAUAAUUCUGGAUUAUUCUGUUCUAGUUCAACACUCGAGAGAGUCAGCUCUUUUCUCAAAAAAAUUUCGCAGACAAGCAGCCUCGCUGGGUCAUGCAGGGUCCCCUUGUUUCCUGAGCUUUUGUUAUCUGCGUUGCAGAUAUCCUGGGUAGUGUAUACCUGAAAUCUACAGUUAACUCAAAAAAUGCUCUAAUCAAUGCUGUAGUAUCCUGGGUAGCGUAUACCUGAAAUCUACAGUUAACUUGCAAAAUUGCUCUAAUCAUUCCUGUAGUAUCCUGGGUAGUGUAUACCUGAAAUCUACAGUUAACUCGUAAAAAUGCUCUAAUCAUUCCUGUAGUAUCCUGGGUAGCGUAUACCUGAAAUCUACAGUUAACUUGCAAAAAAUGCUCUAAUCAUUCCUGUAGUAUCCUGGGUAGUGUAUACCUGAAAUCUACAGUUAACUCGUAAAAAUGCUCUAAUCAUUCCUGUAGUAUCCUGGGUAGCGUAUACCUGAAAUCUACAGUUAACUCGUAAAAAUGCUCUAAUCAUUCCUGUAGUAGUAUCCUGGGUAGCGUAUACCUGAAAUCUACAGUUACCUCGUAAAAAUGCUCUAAUCAAUGCUGUAGUAUCCUGGGUAGCGUAUACCUGAAAUCUACAGUUAACUUUCAAAAAUGCUCUAAUCAUUCCUGUAGUAUCCUGGGUAGUGUAUACCUGAAAUCUACAGUUAACUCGUAAAAAUGCUCUAAUCAUUCCUGUAGUAUCCUGGGUAGCGUAUACGAAAAACAUUUUCCCGGCCUUUUAGGAAGCGGCUUAAAUAGUUUCAAAGUUGCAGGGCAGUCACAAAACUGAAUUCUUGAGUUUACCUCCAUUUCAUACUAUAACUUACUGCCCGAGACUGAAAAAGGCGCAAUGUAAAAUGUUUAUGGCGUUUUAUUAUUACCAAAAUAGUAAGUGUCUCGGAAGAGGGUUAGCCGAGCAGAAAAAGAUUUAAACCUUGCUUUAAACGGAUAUUGCGGUUACUUUCAUUUCAGUUUAUGGUAGCUUGAGUUACUCUUUUGUGGGCAAUUUACGGAAGUCCAAGGGUAUUCAGCUAACACCUCAAGAGCCUAGAGCUGUCAGACCUUGGUUUUGAAUUACUUAUGCAAAUUAGCUGGCUGCACAUUGAAUGUGCAGCCAGCUAAUUUGCAUAAAAUUUUUUCGCGCUUCAAAGCUCGUCAUGUGCACAAUACUGUCAGUCUCAAUUUGUAAGAACGUUACGUUGGGCAGUAAUAAGAGUAGGCUAAAUUGUGAAGCAUCCGAUUUUCACUUUUAUUGUCUAAGAAAAUUGACGACUAGCCCUAAAAAUACGAGAGGUAUUUAGAAACUAUUCGAUUUUGAGACGACUAAUUAGAAAACCAAAGUUAUGAGCUUCGCUAUCCACUGUCCUGUUCACUGUGCUGAUAGAGAGCAAAAACGCUUGCUAAGCAGGCCAAAAUACCCAUGACUUAUGGGUACUUUGAGUAUAAAAGUAACAAUUAUAUAAAUUUACAGUUCCUCCACUCUUCAACUUUACAACAAACGGACGCAAAGGACGGCAGGGGAGCAUUCAGCAGUUCACAGUUCCAGUAACCGCCCGUUAUUUGAUCAAGGCCUGGGGUGCUCGGGGAGGAACACAUUCCACUAAUUAUGGAGAAUAUCCUGGAACCUACUACGGUGGAAAGGGUGCAUUCAAGAAGGGGAUAUUCAGACUGAAUAAAGGAACUGUUCUGAACAUUGUAGUGGGACAAAGAGGAGGGGAUUCAGUAGAAGUUAAAGGAGGACAACCUACAAGCAGAACGGCAGCUGAACUAGGGCUAUCUGUAGAGGACAAUGCUGGGACAGGGGGUGGGGGAGGAAGUUUUGUUUAUACAUCGUUUAAUUCACUUUUGUUAGCUGCCGGUGGGGGAGGGGGUGCAUCUGCGGGAUACAACGGGGUAGAUGGUCAGGCAGGUACUAGUGGUACCAGUAGUGUGGGAAAAGACUCGUCUUAUGUUCGAAAAGGAGGAUCUGGAGGACAACCGGGUGAAUGUUAUACUAAACACGCUAGCUAUCAUGGGGGAGUGGGUGCUGGUUGGACAGGCCAGGGAUGUGCCAGAAAAGGAUCCGAACACGGCGAGAGAGGUGGAUCUCGCGCUCAGGGCUGGGUAGGAGGGAGAGCUGGUGGAAUGAAUAGUGGUCAUAAUGGAGGGCCACCCCCUGGGGCGGUAGGAGGGUUUGGCGGAGGAGGAGGUGGGUCUGAGGAUAAUGGCGCUUCUGGUGGAGGAGGGGGAUACUCUGGGGGAGGAAGUGGUAUGCAGUACAAGCAAGCAGGAGGUGGAGGGGGCUCGUAUUGCAUUGGUUCGAGUUGUUCUGGCGCUACUGGUGGGAACCUAAAGGAUGAUGGAUUUGUGCGAAUUAUCGCGUUAUCGAACUAG